AUGUAUAUCUGUUGUGUACAUGCACCUCAUGAUGCAUCCAAAACUACAUUUAGUGUUCCCAAAAAUGAGGGAGAAAAAGGAAAAUGGGAAAAAGCUUUGGGAAUGGUUUUAAAAAAGAGCCAUCGUGUCUGUGCUAAACAUUUUGAAACUCAUGAAAUUAAAAGUACUUGGGAAUCUGGCGAAGGAUUAAAUAAAUACACGAUAUGUUUGAAAAUUCCGAGAUUAGUAGAAGGGGCUGUACCGAAGUUAAUGUUAAAUUGUGAAAAUAAAGUUUCAAAUGAUCAAAAUAAAAAUGUAGAGGUUUGA